ACAAUGGAAUCACGAAGUCGCGUCGCAUCUUUUUCGCUCUUUCUUCCCGUUCUGCUCCUCCUGAGUACACUGUCGCUUGCGUUUGAUGUCCCCGAUCUCGAACUCCUUCCGCUCACCAAGCAUAGGAAGCGCUAUUCCUUUCACAAGAGACAGGAGAAUGGAAAUGAUACCCUUGAUGGUUUGGACUUGCAAAACACUGGGGUUUUCCUGUGGGGGGUGGAAACGGCUACCUCAAAUCUGAUCGCUAACCUCACCCUUGACUUUGCGCGCGAUUAUGAAGCCAUCCUUGAUAUGGACGACUUUGCGGGUCUCGUAAAAUCAAUCGACUGCACCGCUCCUGAGAUAAGCCUCGAUUUCAACAGUGAGAAAGCCUUCGGAAAAGCCCACGAGGCUUGGGAUUGGGUUAAACAGGAUGACAACUACACAUUCGUUCUCGUGGCAAGUGCCGAGGCUUGCGAUGCCGAAACGCGUCGCCAGCCCUUUCUUGUAAAUGACCUAGUAUUCGACGAGAAGGACAAUCGCGUCAUCAUGCAAGCUGUUCUGAAGACAUGGGAAGACAUAGCCGAGAGCUACAGUUUCAAGAUUUACAACGAGCCUCUUCCCGCGGGCGCAACCGCGAAACGAGAUGGCACAACGCUCAAUGUCGCACACGACUUCAGCCGUUCACUCUUUAACACGAAUGCGAAGGGUCUGGAUAUUGGGGUCUCAUGUAGUGACUGUGGCACCGAAGGUUCAGUGCUUAUUGACUUUGACAUUGGAAAGAUUCUCGGUGUACCUGCUGGUGCCUCAAUCUCAGUUACUCCGCAGAACAUUGCAGCCCAAGUUCUGUUAUCUUUGGAGCUGAAUGGUAAUCUAGCCAGCGGAUGGGCACCAUCUGCCCUGAAUGUGGUCAGUGUUCCAAUAACUGGCAUCAAUAUCGCCGGCGUCUUCAAGGUUGGGGUUUUCUUAACCGUAGACCUCGGCUUCGAGAUAGGGGAAUGGGUCGGCACAGCGCAAGCUUCCAUGGGCGCGCGUAUGGCUAUCCCGAACACCUCCGUGCUGAAGAUCAAUCUAUUCGGAAAAGGCGAUACUCAGGUCGCCGGCUGGGUGCCCACGUUCACUAAGAUCCCACCGUCGCUCAGCGCCAAAGUCGAAGGCUCUGCAGAGGCCUACGCACAAGCUGGUAUCGAGGUCACUGCUACUGGUUUGAAGCAAGGAUUCACUGUUGGCGUUGAUAUGAAGAUGCCAUACAUCCGAGCCGACUUUUCUGCUAUGGCGGAUACACGAGGCGUUUGUGGCACCGAGAAGACUAUGGGGGUAGACCUGCAGGCUGACAUUGGGGCUGAACUGUUAGCUUCCGCCGCCACCGGAGACAAUGCACCCUUCUGGACAUACACGUUGUUUGACAAAACGCUGGGUACCUUGAUAGACAAGUGUUAUCCAUUUGGUCCCGAGAAUGCGCAAGCAUCUGGGGAUGGCAAUGGGGGUAAUCAUCAACCGCCAAAAAGCAAGUCUAGACCGUCCAAAAGCAAAACUUCGAAGCCGGUUAACAAGUCCCCGAAAUCUACUCGAUCUUCGGCUCCGGUAGCGACGGCAAAACCGAUCACCAAGAAGCCAAAAUCGAGCCCAAAAGGGUCAAAGACUCCACCCAAGACCAGCAAGACUAUCUCGUCCACCAAGGCCCCAAAAUCUUCUGAUAAAGCGUCGGAUAAGCCGUCCGACAAAUCUUCUACAAGGGCGUCCAACAAAAGUGACAGCCCAUCGAAAACCAGUUCCACUGCAGAGAAAACUUCCAGUGCAUCUAGUCCUUCCGUUAGUGGAACUUCCAAAUCUGAUUCUUCCGACUUACAACCCAGCUCUGAGUCCAAUUCAGACCGGAGAUCUAGUCACUCUACUACUGGUGCAAGCUCAAGCACAUCUAAGUCGAGUAGUGCGACUGGGGAUCCCAGCUCAACCGUCUUCUCAACAGUAACUACAUCAGGCUCGUGGAACUCUACGAGAACGAGAGAGAACGAGACUACAAAGACAGCCGUAUCUUCAUCUAUAUCAUCCAUAUCUUCUAGUACACUCGCUUCCUCCAGCUUGUCUGUUGAUCCCUCCGUUUGUAGCAUGGGUACUGGCACGGGUACGAAAACAGCAAACGCGUGCAGGAAAACUGAUUCAUGCACGAUUCAGGAUCCUGAUGUCGGCGGCGAAGAUGGAUUUGGGGACGAAUUUAAGAAAUUGAAACGCGACCCGGAUGCGAGGCGACGAGCACUAGAGAAGCGCGGGAAGAAGAAAGGACAGCCGUGUGCAUCGAGCUCUAAUCCGGAUGCAAAGAAGUGGGAGCUGAAGAGUGCUAACUUUGAAUCUAGCGGAACUCUCGACAAAUCCAAUUCAGGAAUAUGGUGGGGCUGGGAAGAACCUAACCAACAAUGCGACUACAGCUGGUCCUCCGACUACAAUAAGGACAAUGACUAUGACACGGAGCAUGUCAUGGAAUGGCAAGUCAUUACUGAUUUCUUCGCCACAAUGCAAAGCAAAGGUGAAAUGUUCGACCACCCAGAUCCUCGCAAAGCCAGCACCGACGGAACGAAGCAGGUAGAUUUCUGCACGUAUUGGUACGAAUCGUGGAAUCUAGGCAACGACCAAGCAUUCACAAUCACCAUCAGUGGGUCAGAUAAACUGACCCCAUGGGAUCAUAUUGCGGCCAGCUACCCUUCGGGAUCCAACCAAUGGAAAGCUGAAUUAAUUGCCCUGCAAAGGAAUAUAAACGCCCCACCAAAGUCAUCCCUCUUCAUGGACGAUGCUCCACUGGUUUGGAAACAGAAAGACAUGGUUCCCUGGAUCGCCAGCCGCGAUCGACGUGGAAAGGUUCUCGAGCGUAUGCGACUCUUCCUGGGAGUGCGCAAGUACCUUUCCGAAGACGAGGUCCGUAAAAUUUUCAAACGGCAAAAGGAAGGAAUGGCUGCUAUCUUGGAUGAGCUCGACACGAGUAUGAGCAGUCAUGCUCGCGUCGAGUCCGGCACCACCUUCACUCCGUGGAGGAAGCAGAAUUUCAAGGACCAGUGGAAUAGUUUCAUGGACGACAAAUGGAAAAAGGCUGUGACCAAGCACGCGAAUGUGAUGAAUCAUUACGAGAGUGAGCUUCGGAAAGCGUGGUGUCCAAACAUUCCCGCUGCUGAGGACAAGGAUUUCUGUGAUAAGCUCAAGGAUCUUUGGGAUCAGUACAAGCAACACUCGGGGACAUUCAAUCGGCCCUGGUGA